GCCUUUACGCUCCCAGACUCCCGCCACCUCCCGCUCCCCUCCCCGACGAUUUAAGAACAGCGUGAAAAAACUAGCCAAGUGGCUUGGGUGGUUUCGCGGGGCCUUAUGGCUGCUUCUGGGACGCUGAGCACUUUCCGCCUUCCGCCGUUGCCCACGAUUCGAGAAAUCAUUAAGUUGUUCAGGCUGCAAGCGGUGAAGCAGCUAUCCCAGAAUUUUCUCCUGGACUUGAGGCUGACAGAUAAAAUUGUAAGGAAAGCUGGCGAUCUGACAAAUGCUUAUGUUUAUGAAGUGGGCCCUGGGCCAGGGGGAAUCACAAGAUCCAUUCUCAAUGCCAAUGUUACUGAACUCCUGGUGGUUGAAAAGGAUAGUCGAUUUAUUCCUGGAUUACAGAUGCUUUCCGAUGCAGCACCUGGAAAACUGAGAAUUGUCCAUGGUGAUGUGUUGACAUAUAAGAUAGAAAGGGCUUUUCCAGAAAGUCUUAAAAGACGGUGGGAAGAUGAUCCUCCAAAUGUACAUAUUAUUGGAAAUCUGCCUUUUAGCGUAUCAACUCCACUGAUUAUCAAGUGGCUUGAAAAUGUUUCUUGUAAGGAUGGACCUUUUGUUUAUGGCAGAACCCAGAUGACACUGACUUUCCAAAAGGAAGUGGCAGAGAGACUUACAGCCAGUACAGGAAGCAAACAGCGCAGUCGCCUUUCUGUUAUGGCCCAGUACCUCUGCAACGUUCAGCACAUCUUGACCAUUCCGGGUCGGGCUUUUGUCCCUAAACCAGAGGUGGACGUGGGCGUGGUGCACUUCACGCCCCUGACGCGGCCCAGGAUAGAGCAGCCAUUCAAGCUGGUGGAGAGAGUCGUGCAGAAUGCAUUUCAGUUCCGAAGGAAAUACUGCUAUCGAGGCCUGGGGAUGUUAUUCCCUGAAGUUCAGCGCGUGGAAAGCACUGAGAAACUGUUACAGUUGGCGGACGUGGACCCUACCCUUCGACCCAGCCAGCUCUCUGUCUCCCAUUUUAAGAGCCUCUGUGAUGUGUACCGGAAAAUGUGUGAUGAAGACCCACACCUCUUUACUUAUAAUUUCAGAGAAGAACUCAAGCAAAAUAAAAGCAAAAAUCAGGAAAGAGAGAACGACAAGGAGAGAUCCCGACGAUAGCUGCCGCUUCGGUGGCAAGCAGCUUUGCGGAUGUUGGUUUUCCCAAAGUUGAGCUGCUCAGAGGUACACUCUUUGGUCCACUUUGGAAGGACAAUAAAAAUACGAUGACCAGG